AUGAACCUUGACGUCGCUCAUGAGCAUGAAUAUGUUGUGUUCACUCCUAUGAUUAAAGUAAUGAUUCUUCUGUUCUACGCCUUAUUCGUACAGGAGGUUCUGUCAUGGCCUGACGGUGCUCCGUGCCUUCAUGCAGCGUACGAAAGCAUGAAUCCUCUCGAGGCGGUAGAACAUCAAGGCGGCCUACAGUUAACUCCGCCACCGUACGAGAUUAAAGUAGAUCAGAAGUGCUACUGGAGGAACCAGCCUGUUACCUUGCAUCUUCAAGGGCUAAAUGAUACUGUUUGGUACAAAGGCUUCGUUAUCCAACCUUUUGAAUGGAACAAUGGUCAACUCGGACAAAGAAUGGGACAGCUGAUGCGCCUUGAUGACAACGGCUCUUGGCAGCAGCAGUGUUUCAGAUUCAAAAACUCUGCUACACAUUCUCAUGACGAGAAGAAGAAACAUAUACGACUGUGGUGGAAGAUUGACGAGGACAGCAGGACCGUACAAGCUACCGUAGUUAGACAUCAGACGAUGUUCUGGGUGAAAUCCGUGCUAUCGCCACCGAUUCCGCCGUGUCGAGUGUCGAAGAACGGUAUUGAGAACUACCAGAAACCGCUGCCGACUCCGCCACCACCAGUGAAGCAAUUCAAAAUGGACACCAAUAGAGUAUUCGGUGGCGAC